CGAAUAGGUAACGAAGCGAAAGAAAGGUUGAUAAAAAAAACUUUUUCGAUGGUGGUCAAAAACGUCGCGCGUUUGAUUUCUGUCGUAUAGAUUUUACCCGGUGAUUUUUUCCCAAUAAUCGUGCUAAAAUCGGGUGAGAAAUAGUGCAUCUGUUUCGCUGAGAGUUAUAGACCAAAAAUAGCGAACAGUUUACAGUCGGAUUCGAGGAUAAAGUGCUGAAAUUUUACAGGAUGCGACGAAAGGGUAGCGAGAAAGCAAAGGGCUCUCCAGAAAAGGUGUCUCGACGAUCUAGUCGAAGAGGGCGGAAAUCGCCGUCAGCAAGUCCUGACAGGGAGGUAUCAGUUCCCAAAGAACAUUUUGAAAAUGAACAGGAUGCUGAACCGGCAGAACAACAAAAGUCUGAUGAUAGUGGUUCGGAACGGGGAGAAGAUGAGCUACGAAAAAAGGGACGAGGUCGCAGAACUGCUCGGGCGAAAGCAUCUGAAGAAAAAACUUUUAGUCGGCCAAGAAGAAGUUCUAGACGUAAAUCUCAAUCAGUUGAGCCUUCCGACAAGGAAGAAAGUGAAAAGGAAGAAAAUGGUGAACAUUCUAAUGAUAAAGAUGCGACCGUUAUGGAGACUAUAGUGGAGGAAAAACCGGAAGAAAUACAAGAACCCGUUGCACCUAAGUCUCCCGAACAAGAUAAAGUUGAUUCACCAAAUGUUCAAAUAGCACCGGAAUCAAAUGAAGUUGAGUCCAAACCAGACACAUGUGAAACUGUUAAGGAAGUCGUUUCAGAAGAGGCAAAUAUAGAGAUGGAAACACAAAACGGAGACGAAGAGCCUGAAAUCCCAAAAAUACAACAGGAAGCUGUGGAACAUAAAUCAGAUAUUUGCGAAGCUUCACGUGAGUCAGGAGAAGUAGAUUCGGAAAGUAUUCAAGGGGAUGAGAGUCAACAGGAACAGCCAUCUAAAAUAAAGGAAGACCUUCCUAAACAAGCUUCUCCAGAAAAGGAACCUUCUGAGGAGGAAUCCUCAUCAGAGAAAGAAAAUCGCCAAACAGAACAACGCAAACCAGUGCGAAAAUCCCGUUUCAGAUCACGAAGCAGAACUCCCGUGCAGCAAGAUUCACCCGAUGAGCAGAAGCAGGAUAAUGGUGAUGAUAAAAAUGAGGAAGAGUUAGAAGCUGGAGAAAUUAAGGACGAUGAUACUCCAAAACGGAGUCUCGUGAAAAAACUUAUUGAAGAGAAACCUUUACGUAGGCCUUUACAGCGGAAAAGAAGGUGGCUCUCGUCAAAAUCAGACACAAAAGCAUCCGUAAUAACGAUCUCCACUGAUUCUUUAAAAAAUAUUAUAUCGGAACCGGUUCAGCCUGUUCCAUUGUCGGACGUUAAGCUGGAAUCUUCUCCUGAACCAGAGGAGAUUGUUGAUAGCAAUGAGGAGCAGCCGACCGGGGAGCGACGUCGAUCCAAAGACAAACUAUCAACGAAAUCUUCUGAAAAAGAAAACAUUGAAGAUCACGAGUAUAAACCCAAACCAGCGGAUAAACUGUUGGGAAAUCGUAAGAUCAGCAUUGUCAGUGAUGAUGGAAACACGGCUAUAGCCAGACCUCCGAGUCCGGCUAAGCAUCAUUCCAGCAACAUAUUGUAUAUUACUAAUUUGGUGCGGCCGUUUACUGUCCUGCAGCUGAAGAGCUUACUGGCGCGUACCGGUAAAAUAGUAGAGAAUGGUUUUUGGAUCGACAAGAUCAAGUCGAAGUGUUUCGUUAAGUACGAAACCGAGGACGAAGCUGUGGAAACCCGUCACGCACUGCAUGGUGUCCGGUGGCCGGCAUCGAAUCCGAAAUGUUUGCAUGUCGAUUUUGGAACCGAAUCGGCCAUGGAGAAAGCCAUUAUUUCUACCCUGGAUGACGCCGGCACCACGCGCAUUACGAUUGAUAAUGCCAAGGACGCCAAGGAGUUUGGUUGGAGCCGCGAUUCCUUGAAACAGGAAGAGCAAAUCCAAGUUGUGCGACCUGUGCGUGAAUGGGAUCUUGGAAAGAAGGACACGUUCGAUCGGGAGGAUCGUGCUCGAGCAGAAGGUGACAGGAGCGGCCGGGACAGGGAGCGGGAUAGGGAUCGAGAACGUGAGCGCGAUCGGGACCGCGACCGUGAGAGGGAUCGCGACCGUAGUGGUCGUGGCGACGAGGGACGUGGAGAUCGUGGAAGGCGGCGUUCAUCGGAGCGUGAAUUCGGACGGGAUAGGGAUCGGAGACGUGGCAGCACCAGUGUUUCACCAGCGAGAAAGUUCAAAAAGAAGGAGAAUGAACCACCAAUCAGAUUGUUAGAUGACCUUUUCAGGAAAACCAAAUCGACACCUUGCAUAUAUUGGUUACCGCUGACUGCAGAGCAGAUCACUGCUAAGGAUGAGCAGCGUCGCAAGGAAUUGGCAGAAAAUCAGCGCCGUCAGGAGGAGACGCGUAAGCAGGAGGAAGAGCGCCGUAAAGAGCGCGACCGUCGAGACCGAGAGCGUCGCGAGCGGCCUCGAUCUAAUUCACGCGAUCGCCGUCGUCGUUCGCGAUCACGUGACGAUAACAGACGAAGGCAUAGAUAAAUGCCCAUAGUAGCAAGGAUCGUUCCCGAUCGAGUGGGAACGAAGGAGCGAAUAAAUGAGCCAAUCGACUGAGAUCGCGAAAGGAUCGAGGAUAUUGCAGACACGAGCGGUGAGAGAGAAAGAGAAAGGGAGAAACAAGUUUUGGAAGAUCCCGUUCGCCAUAUCUUGAGACUGGCGACGAAUUCUAAUAGGGUCUGUGCAGAAUGUUAUUGUUUCUUUUUAAUCUUUACCUCUUACCCCAGGAUGUGACGUUUCCCGUUCCUCGAGACUAGUUUUUUGGUUCUAUAUUGCUUUUUGUUUUACAGUCAAUUUCUACAUAAUUUUUUGAGCGAUUUGUUAUCGUUCGCAGUCAGUUCCCGAACUCUAUCUACUAAGAGUUGGUUCUGACUCACCCAACUUUAUUGCUACAUAUAAAAUUUAUUACAGGAUGUUAGGUUUGAUUAUGUAUUGAUCCUCAAUCUAGCAAACGAUUGUUUCGUUUUGAGAAACUAAACAGCAUUUGCUAUGGAUUGUCAUAUUCCCAUUGAGCUUUAUUCAAUUCACUAAUAUCUUUUUUACAACAAAGUUACUUUUUAUAAUUCAUGAAGAAGUUAUAAGCACAUAUAUAGAUAGGAAUAGUACAGCCCGUGCAGUAAGCUUGUAGUAUCCAGCAUCGGUCCGACCAAUCGCAUAAGAUAGCUAGCGGAAAAGGAGUUGCAGUUAUACAAUAACCGAGGCAGCCAAACAAGACCCUAAUCACCAAAAACAGCAUCGAAAAUGACAGAUCAAUAAGCAACCUUCUCUUCUGUAUAUUGUGUAUUUCUAUCAGAAGCUGAAUUGGCCCUCGAAGGCACGCACAUGUUCUAUGGGAUACCGUGGUUCUGAUUCCACAACCACCGGUGAGCGAUGUCCAAACUACUACUCGAUCUGAUCUGGGUCUAUGUUCUCAAUGCAGGCGAUAUGAAUAUGAGGAGCAAGGAUCACUUCAGCAUUAUUCCAGUCAUCAUCGUUGGCACUUUUUUAUUGCAAGCAACAAACAUCUUCACAUUGACACAGAAGAAGAAAAGUCAAACAAAGUACGACUGGACUAUCAACAAUGCAAGGAAGCUCAUUAACCACCAUCGUACGGAGAAUCCUGAGUUUGAGAAUUAUGCUUCACAUGGAAACACAUCUGUCUCUAAAUCGUGACUUUGCAACAGAACGGCGACAUCGUUCAAGACUUUCCAGUUUCGAUGGAAAUUACUAAAUGAACUUAUCAUAGUCAACCCCAAAUCAAUGCAGUUUUGUUAGGAUUUGUAGUGGGAAAACUGUCAUAUAACCGUAUUUUUCGUAACAGAAAUUGUAGUUUUUUUUUUCGGUGGUGACAUAGUGUGAAGAAGCAUCAAAACUACAUUUUACGACAGAUUGAAUUCGCCAGUAAAUAAUUGGUAAUAUAAUUUAUAAAUUAUGAACACUACUCAAAACAUAAGAAUAAAGCGUAUAAAUGCGCAAUACAACUUCAGAA